UGAGUUGUGUACUUUAGCUCGGAACUGGUUCGAUAAUGCUGCACUAUCGAACUAUUUUGCCAUAAAGUUCAACGAGCUGCGCAACUUUGAGCUAAGUGAAGUGGCUGCACGGCGUUGCCAGAUAUUUGGUAAAGGACAAAUGCCGCCAAAAUAGCUGUAAUGUACCAUAAAUUAAAUUGAGAUGUAAAUUUAUUUAAUUGGUGUUUGCAAAGCCUCAUAAUAUGGAUUUAAGUUUAAAAAAGUGUCAGAGUAAUAAGUAUUUGUUUGACAGAGCUAUAAUAUAGCUUAUAGUACUGCUUAAAAGAGUGCAUGAGCUGCUGUUGCCCCGACAACCAAAAAGCGUACACAAAAAUAUUUAUCAAAACAGAAAAAUCAAAUUAUAAAAAGCGGAAACAUGGCCAAUAAGCCGACAAUUUGCUUUGAUAUAUCUAAAAAUGAACGUUUUCAAAUUACGGACAACUAUAAGAUGCUGCAUCGCAAGCUGAAGGCGCAUUGGAAUGUGGAGCAAAGCGAUGUCGAGCUAAACCGGGAAUGUUUAACGCGCUCAAAGAUCUUUGUGCUGGCGGGACCACAAGAUCGCUUCACCGAGGAGGAGUUCGAUGUGCUCAAGGAGUACGUGGAACAGUCGGGCGGCAGCUUGUUGGUGCUGCUCGGCGAGGGCGGUGAACAGGAGUUCAAUACCAAUGUCAACUUCUUUCUGGAGCAAUACGGCAUCUACAUCAACAACGACAACGUUGUGCGUCCGCAUUACUACAAGAACUUCCAUCCCAAAGAGUGCAUUGUGGGCGGCGGCGUUGUCUGCGAGUCCAUGUGGCGGCAUCUGCUCAAGCUGGACAUUGAGAAGGUGGACUACGAUUUCAGCGAUGAGAAGUACAAGAUACACUUUCAGUAUCCAUACGGAGCUACCCUAAAUGUCUCCGAGCCGGCUAAUGUGCUGCUAACAACCGGACCCGUUGUCUACCCCUUCAAUCGUCCACUGGCUGGUUACUUUAGCAAUGCCAAGGGCGGCAAGAUAUUGGCCCUGGGCUCUGGCUAUAUAUGGCAUGAUAAGUAUCUGCAGGACAAGACCAACGAUGCCAUGCUGGAGUAUAUGCUGCAGCUGCUGGGCACUGCCGAUAUAAGCUAUACGCAUUUGGACUUUAAUGAUGUGGAGCUUAACGACAACAAGCACUUCACGGAUUUGGCUUUCCUGGCCGAUAUGCCCAAGGCCUGUCUGAUCGACUCCAUUGGCACGGAGAUGCCCGCGGAUUUUAAGCAAAUGUUCGACAUGUCCCUCUGCUCGCUGAGCAAUCGUUUGCUGAAGGAUGUGAUCGAUACGUACGAGCAGUUGCAUGUGAAUUACGAACCGUUGCGCAUUAUUAAGCCGCAAUUUGAGAUACCGCUGCCGGCGCUGCAAUUGGCCACAUUUCCGCCAAUUUUCAGUGAGCCGCCCGCGCCGCCGCUGGAGCUGUUCGAUCUGGAUGAGACCUUCAGUCCGGCACGCACACAGCUAGCGCAAAUAACCGGGCAGUGCCUGCAGGCGCUGCAGUCGAAGGAGUCGUCUCGGCGUGCGCCCAAUCAGCGCGAGCUCGAGAACUAUGUGAAGGAGUGUGCGCGCAUCACGGCCAUCAUCAGGGAGCAGCAAGAGAUGCCCGCCCGCGAAAUACUCAACAUUGUGGCGCGACAGAUAACCAGCUAUGCGCCCUAUGCGGAGGACUAGACUCUAGCAGAUACAACAACAGCAACAACAACAACUACCAUGGCAAGCAACAACAAGCUGUGGAAGCAAAAGAGCUAGAGGAAGACAGACACACACACGCUAACACUUGGAAAGAAUGUAACAAUCAAUUAACAGGUUAAACGUCCCAAAACAGAGCACACGGAUACCCAUGAACGCAAUCGUCUCUGCCAAAGCCAACAACAGCAACAACAACAGCAACAACAACAGCAACAGCAACAGCAGCAGCAACAGCAGCAGCAACAGCAGCAA